AAGUCAUGACGUCGGUGUGGAAAAGACUGCAGCGAGUUGGCAAAAAGGCUUCAAAGUUUCAAUUCGUCGCUUCGUAUCAGGAGCUUGUGUUGGAGUGCACCAAGAAAUGGCAACCAGACAAGCUGAGGGUGGUGUGGACCAGAAGGAACAGACGCAUGUGUUCCAAGCUCCACAGUUGGCAGCCUGGGAUCAAGAACCCCUACAGAGGCAUGGUGGUGUGGCCCGUCCCAGAAAACAUCGACAUCUCUGUUACUCUGUUCAAGGAACUCAACGCUGAACAGUUUGAAGACAAAGAAUGGACAUUUGUCCUCGAGGGUGAGAGCAAGGGUCACCGUAAGGUGCUGGCCUCUGCUGACAUCAACCUGAAGCGAUUUGCCAGUCCGACUCCAACCCAGACCAACCUCACCCUGACCCUGAAGCCACUGUCGGUCAAAGUGGUGGAGGCCACACUCAAACUGUCGCUGUCGUGUGUCUUUGUUCGAGAAGGAAAAGCCACUGAUGAAGACAUGCAGAGUCUGGCCAGCCUGAUGAGUGUAAAACCCACUGAUAUUGGCAACCUAGACGACUUCAAUGAAAGUGAUGAAGAGGAGGACAGGAAGUCUGCUGCUGCAGUUCCUCUAACUCGUCCAAACCGCCCCGCUCCCCCUCCACCUGACAAGCCAACCCCCACCGGAGCCACAUUCCCAGCUUCAGCCUGUGGACAGGAUGUCGGUCCUCCUCCCUCCACUGUCCACUCACGUCCCCCUCUGCCGAUCGCUCCUCGUCCCUCCCCCCGUCGCUCCCGACAUCCUUUCUCUGCUGGUUCUGUCCAGCCGGAGACCCAGUCCUCCCUUGGCCCCUCCCCGCAGCCAUCUCCCCGGUCCAAGCAUAAAAAACUAGCCAGCUCUGCUCUCCCUGACUCUGCUGAGUCCGACUCGAACCCUCCAAGAACGCAGGUCACAGCAGAAGCCCCUCCAGUCCAGAGUGCCCCCUCCAUCCCUCCUGUCUCUGAUGUCCCUCGUCCUCCAUCUCCAAAAUCCUCCAAACCCGUUUCUUCUUCACMGUCAGCCUUAUUAGAGUCAACAGUCCCCUCCGUUCCCUUUAAUUCUCCUCUUGAUGGUCCUGCAACAUCAGAUUUACUCAAACUCCCACCCCCUUCAUCAUCACCAUCAUCAUCAUCACUUGAAACUACAACAUCUUCCUCCAUCGGCCCCCAAAAGCUCUCUGUGAUUGUAUCCACCACUCUGACACAUAAGCCCAUCUCCAUCCCCUCCCAGUCUCUUCCUCUUAAGACCCUCUCCCCACAAAACCCCACUCUGUCAUCUGAGCCUCAGUCUGCUCAGCCCCCUCUCACCUGGACCACCUCUCAGCCCCCAUCUCUGCCCAAAAUCUUCCAGACAGGCUCAGGAAAAGCUUCUGCUGAACACCAGCGGCGCCCCCCGGAGGUUCAGACCAGAGAUGAUUCUGCUUCAGUCUGUGGCCGUUCUCACGCUUUCAGACCUCAGGUUAUAAAAUCAGUUGCUCGCCCAACCUCUCCCUCUCCUUUCUCCACUGAUCCCUCUCCUUUUGCAUCAGCACCACCUCUCCCCAAACCUCCCACCUCCUCAGGCAUUCAGGGGGUGUGGCCUACAUCUGACAUCCCUCCCACUGGUGAUGAUGUCACCCCCGUCCCUYUGCUGUCUAGUCCAGAUCUUGAUGCUCUCUGUGACCCAGUGACUCCAGCUCAUUCUGCUGCCUUUCUGCUCCCCGCACCUCCUCGCCCCUUGCCUUCUUCUUCUGCUUAUAUCUCCUCCUCUCUGACUCUUCCUUCAGCUCCUCCUGCUCAUAUCAGCCCCUGUCACUCAGGUUUAGCGUUUGGUCUCACUCAGGUGGAUGAAGAAAUGACUGUAAGCCCUCUAAACCAAGGCAAAAGUCCUCCUCAAAGUAAGCAGGSAGAAACCAACGGCACAAUCUCUGAGCAACGACCCAGACUAGCUCUGGAAUCGAAGGUGGUCUUCACGGAAAGCAAAGGCGGGUCCGAAAAAACGAGCUCACUCAAAGAUUCUGAGGUGGCACAACAACACCAAAAAGCAACAGCCGAUAAUUCAGAGUUACAUCCAGUAGUCCCACAACCCUGCUCACCCCUGGUUCACCAGGAGCCUAAAGAGCCGGAGAAACCAAUCGUGCCACCAACAACCUCUGAUGAUCUUUUCGACAAACUCGCUGGCAAACAGACGGCCCUAAUCCUGGAGUCUCUGCUGCCCUCGAACCCAGAACCAGAGCUGCCAGAGGAACCAGCUCUCCAGCUGACGGGACAACCAGAAGAAGAGGAGGCAGAUGAGGAGAAGUUUGGUGUGGCCGGUGGUCUGAUCAUCAGGGAGGAGCCGGCGCGCGAGGCAGAGAAGGAGCUGUGGGCGGCCGUGGAGGAGACGGACGCGGGAGCAGAAAGAGGGUCGGAGAGUAAAGGAAGUGCAGAGGAGCAGAAAGAGGAGGAGGAGGGUGUGACAGGGGGUGCCCAGAUAUGUGCAGAGACAGAUGUGUGUGUUGCAGAGCAGCAGCAGGAGGCAGCUGCUGGCUUCAUGUCAGCAGUAGUUGGGGUGUUGUACAGAGGCUUUGAGACGGUUGUCUCUGUUCUGCACACAAGUGGAUCAAGUGAAGCUGGUCAUCCUUCUGCAGACCAUUUUCCAGAUAACGAAGCCCAUGAAGUAGAUACAGAGACCCUGUCCUCCUCUGAGGCAGUCGAUGAGCCUCUGAGCACCACUGACGUGGACGUUCCACCUCCCAAAGUUUUCUCUGACUCAGCAGAAAGUCAAACAGAACAGGAGGUUUCUAAAACCCAAGUGUUUGCAAAAACAGACAAGACACAAGGACUGAGUUUGGUGGCAAGUCUAAGACUAGCUGCCUUUGAACAGGAGAAAGGAAGAGAGCAGGAGAUGCUGAGAAAGGAGAGAGAAGAGGCAGAGAAGAAAGAGAAAGAAAGGCUGGAAAAGGAAGAGAUAGAAAGGACUGAACGGGAUGAGGCAGAGAAAAAGGAGAAAUAUAGGGUGGAAAGGGAAGAAGCAGAGAAGAAAGAGAGAGAAAGGCUGGACAAAGACAAAGAAAUAGAGAGCCAGAAAGAAAAGUUAGAAAGAAUAGAGGCAGAGAAGAAACACAGAGAGGAGCUGGAGAGGGAAGAGGAAAGUAAGAGGAUGGAGAAAACCCAGGAGGAAAAGGCAGAAGUAAAGCAACAAAGGGAGAAAAUUCAUGAGACAGAUAAGCAAAAAGAAAAGAAAGAAAGCAAAAUAAAAGGAAAGGAAGAGGAGGAGUGGACUGUAGAACCUAUUUGGAAAAAACAGACUCCAACUUAUCUUUCAUUUUCUCAGAUCAACCAGAAAGAGACAAGCAGCCAAUCAAACUGGCCUCCGCUCAGGGAGGCAGAGUUGGAUGACAUUGUUGAAGAUGAGCGGCUGCAGGACGAAAGUCACAAAUCUGAUCCUGCAGCAGCGAUCUCACCCAACACCGAGGCCCGUUUAGUUUCAACUCGACCUGCUGAUUCGGUCGCUUCAUCUAAAGCGAUCAACAGUAAACCCAAAGACUCAGCGAGCGCUGGUCUGAGAUCAGUUAGAAAGGACGGAUCCAGGCUUAAACACGACGCCAUCCCGGUGUGGCUGAGAGAAGAGGAGGAGGAGGAAGUGGAGUAUGAAAGAGGACAGGAGGAUCUUGGCUCCGUUUGGCUGGCCGAGCUCUACAUGGAGGGGGAGGCAGGCCCAGGAAGUCCAUCCCCUGCUGUAGCCCAGAAGCCCUCUUCACCUUCCUGCACUGAACAAACUCAUCAAAGUUCUGACGUUAGGUGGCCAAAUAAAUCUAAACCUUCUGUCACUGAUCAGCCAGUAAAAGAACAGAAUGAUUUUAGCAAAACAACUCAAAAGGAAGUUGAAUUUGUUGAGUCACCAGUGGUUCCUUUGCCCCUUCCACAAAACAAAAACAGCAACUCAAAAGCCAGCAAAACACACACAAACAUCAGUAAGAAACACGUCAACGCAAAAAUAGAYGCACGUUCUGAAACGGAAAAGAGGAUCUCCGUUUAUAAGGAGCACUCAGACGCCAACGUUCCCAAUAGGCUCUCCAAAGACCAGCAGCUCCAAGAAGAGGAGAGAAUCCUGCUGGCUAAAAUCCGCCUGUUGUCAGGAGAUAUAUCCCCCGUCUCCAGUUCUCGCUGUAUGAAACGGCUCAUUCCAGCCCCUGGCGAUCUUGAACGUGAGGUCACGGAGAUUCAAAGCAGUUCAGAUGUUCCUGAAGACACAGUUCGGAGUCGGCUCUGUUCAGACGCCCUGCAGGAAGUAAUGCUAAAUGACACAGAGGAGACGCUUGAACGGGACAAAGUAGUAAAACACCAAGCAUCACACAUCCCUGAUGGUCCAAAGGAGACUUUGAGUCAUCACACCGAGGUUCGUGCCCAACAAGAGAUUAAGACUUCUUGGCUGCCUACGUUAGUGGAGGAGGAAUCCCCUGAAGUUAAGGCUGAAGAUCCUGCACUUGUGAUCAGAGAGGAGGCUGAUGGGAAGGACGACACAGCUGAGGACCUUGUGAACUCCAGCCAGUCACUGCUCCAGUGGUGUCAGAGCAUCGCCAAUAAAUACAACGGAGUAAAGGUCACAAACUUCAGCACAUCCUGGAGAAACGGCCUGGCCUUCUGUGCCAUUCUGCACCACUUCCAUCCAGACAAAAUAAAUUUUGACCAGUUGGAGCCACAUGAAAUUAAGCUCAACAAUAAGAAGGCUUUUGAUGGUUUCGAGUCGCUGGGUGUCUCUCGCCUUUUGGAGCCGUCCGACAUGGUCCUCCUGUCGGUGCCUGACAGGCUCAUCGUUAUGACCUACCUCAGCCAGAUUCGCUCUCACUUUACCAACCAGGAGCUGAGCGUGCUGCAGAUCGAGCACAACAGCAGUCAGUCCAGUUACGGCCUCGCCCCCGCCAACCCCGCCCAAGUCGACGCCGCGGCUUUCUGCAUGGCCCGGCUGAACGAAGGCGUGAGCCUGGAGGAAGGAGGGAGCAGCACGCUGGUCGUCCCGCCACCCAGAAUUAAACGAGCYGUUAAAGAUGAGUCAAUAUAUCCGGUGCCUCCACCCAGAUCAGUUACCAAAACAGCAAAAUCUGGAGAGAAUGAAGAGUCAAAGAGUAAACCUGCAACAGAAAACACUAAUUUGACAGAGUUGCAGAUUGUAGCUGAGACCCAGUCUUCUAAACACGAGGAAGAAACAAUGUGUCUGCAGGACACCAGUCAGUACGUGUUGAGCGAGCUGGCAGCGUUGGAGACGGAGCAGAAGCACAUCGACAACAGAGCUGCUGUGGUGGAGAGAAGGCUGCGAGGACUCAUGGAGACAGGAAGUGACCGUGACGAGGAAGAACGUCUGAUCCAGGAGUGGUUCACUCUGGUGAACAAGAAGAACGCUCUGAUCCGCAGGCAGGACAACCUUGAACUGCUGCAACAUGAGCAGGAUCUGGAGAGGAGAUUUGAGCUUCUCACCAGAGAACUACGAGUCAUGAUGGCUAUAGAAG